GUGUUCGUGUGGAGGGACAAGGACCCGCUGAGGAAGAGGCUAGUGGUGGCGUUCCGAGGCACUGAGUUUGAUCUCCAGAAGUUCAAGAUUUCGUGGAUGGAUGUUCUGACCGACUUUAGGCUUUGGGAGAACCCGUUCGACUCAGAUCUAACGGAAGAGGACAACAAGGCAGGUGUUAAGGUGCACCGUGGCUUUCUGAACAGCUACAAGUCCGUGACGCCGCGCCUCAUUCCGCUGCUCAAAGCAAUCCUCUCCUCCUCCAACGAAAAGUAUCACAUCAUGGUCACGGGGCACAGCCUGGGGGCCGCUCUCUCCACGAUCUUCACAUAUGACCUGGCCCAGUCCGACUUCAAGAAGCAGAACGGUUUCACCCUCUCUCUCUACAACUUCGGCUCUCCCCGUGUGGGCAACCGUAACUUUGCUGCUCGCUUCUACCAGGUGGUGGGAGACAGCUGGCGCAUUGCCAACGAUUUGGACGUAGUGACGCGCGUGCCUUAUGCGUUGGUGCCGUUCUUUCCUCACCUUUCAUACAAGCACGUGGCCUCGGGGGUUGAGUUUCGCCCCGACUCGCAGAAGUUAGACAAGGAUGAGCUUCUGAAGAAGCGCAUCAAUAACAUCGAAUCAAGCGAGAAGUUCCUGCUUCCAUUCUUUGACGGUGCCAGCACCCGCAUGCACGAGCAGCAGGCUUAUUUCCUCUCUCUGCUCAAG